AUGGUAAAAAACACUCUGUAUAAGAAGCAAAAGCUAUCAUCAAGAAAUCGUAUUAUUAACCAAGAAGUCCCAUUAUUCCCUCCCACCAAAUAUGAAAAAUCCAAGGCAACAUUAAAACAUUUCCCAUCAUCAAUCGUCAAUGGGGUCACUGCUGAAGGAGGAUUAUAUUCAUUAACUUUCAAGUCAAUAAACUGUGCUUCAUUUGUUGAAAAUAAUGAAUUAAUGAAAACUGUAUUCAAAGUACCAAAAUUGGAAUUAUCGAAAGUAACAGACAAUGACGAUGUUGACAAAUUGAAAAAUUGGAAACAAACGUUGGAAAAUGAUAUUAAUGAAUUGAAAAAAUCAGACUCAAAUGUGGCCAACACAAAUAUUGUUAGUGAUUUACAAAAUGAAUUACAAACUGAUUUGGAAAAUAAUGGAAAUAACUUAGCCACGUUUGGUGAAAAACUUGCUGAUAGUUUUGUCGUAAAUAUAAAUAUCAGUGAUGGUAAUUACAAGGUUAUUCAAGAUGUGAUAAUACCAGGUCUACAAGUUGAUACUUUUGAAGAUGUGACUAAUCCAGAUUUAUCAGAGUAUGAAAAGAUAACAUUAUCAGACACUCAGAACGAAGAAAAAGAAGAGACAGGAAAUAAACAAGAGACAGAAGUCGGACAAGAGGUAGAAAGUGAGCAAAAAGAUGAGAAUAAAACUGAACAAACAUCUCAACCUACAAGUACGUAA